AGGUCUUCAUCUUUGGAAACACUCUCUUCCUUAGAAUACGAGGCAUCAAAAUCCGCAUUCCCAUCCCCAUCUGAACCCGAUGAGACAUCAGUAUCAGUCGAACCAAACUCUCGAACCCGUACAGAAGUUGAGGAUGAACCUUACGAUUUUUUCGGUCUUCAACAAAAGGUUUAGCCAUAAAGAAGGCGGUUCAAGAGAGUUCUAACGUGGGGCGCAUUUUUUUGCCCUAAAAGGGAAACCUGAAGUCCUCUACUUCCUAGUUUCGGCUUGAUAGACUAACUAGUUACUUAACUGAAUUGCCAGAUUUUCCAUCAAUCCUUCCUUUUGAUUCGUUGGGGUUUAGGAUAGGAAGAGGGCUAAGCUCAAUUCAAAGAUGCUAUAGUUGGGCAUUCAUUAUAAUCGCCUUUAAUGCGCAUUGAUCGAGCAGUUAGUUUGUAUGAGAUCUCUCCUUCCAACAGUUUUUCCGUCAGAGAUUCAGGCUCCUGAGCUCUCUUUUUCAGGAUGGAACCUUGCUUCAGGACCACAGGACGGGCUAGGGUCCCGUUCAAUUAUACUUGCUUGCACACCGGAUGAAUGUGCAGCUUCUUCUAUACCAGCUGAUUCAAUAGCCGGAGAUGAAAUAGCAAAGGUUACGGAUUCAAUUGCUAAGAGCGCAUUCUGUCCAGAAAUCCCAUUCGAUGCUUAUUAGAGUCUAGGAUGAAUAUUCUUAACUGACUUCACCACCAGCCCUAGGUGCCUAGCACGGCUAAUAGGGAUAUUCUUUAAAGCAGGCAAAUGUCAAUGAAAAAGGAAUUCCAUU